GUCUGGUCGUCCGCAGCUGCUUUGGAAAGAGGGGGAACUGGAGAGAGGGAGGAAAAGAGAGAGAAAGAAAGUGACAGGAAGCCACCUCAACACUGACAGUAGGUCAAAGACAGAGAACAGGAGAAAGAGUGUGAACACGGCAUAACCAUACGGUGGUCUUAAAAGCAAACAAAAAGGGGGUGAUCUGUUACUUUUAAAGAGGAAAGCAAAGAGGAAAGCGUAAACUUUCUGUGGAAAAGUUAGUGAUCAUGUCGAUGCUGCCAGCAGAGACAGGCCCUGAGGAUGCCAAAAACCAGAGUUUUUGGAUGCCAGGGAACUACCACCAGACAGUGAAGCGGACAGAGGAUGCCUUCCAGGCAUCUAAUGACAUAGUGACGUGUUUCCAGGAGAGGGCUAGGGUUGAGAGGCAGUAUGCUCAGCAACUUAGUGAGUGGAGUAACAAGUGGAAACCCCUAAUGGAUGCCAGUCCUCUGUAUGGCUCUCUGUUGCAAGCGUGGCAGUGUUUCCUCUCUUCUGCUGACCGCCUCUCCUCACUGCACUCCUCCAUAUGCCGCACACUGGUGUCAGAGGACGGAGAUCGUAUACGGACAUGGCAGAAGGAGACUUUCCAUAAGAAGAUAUUUGGAGGUUUCAAAGAGUCCCAGGACUUUGAAACAGGCUUCUCACGUGCUCAGAAGCCCUGGGCCAAGAGACUGAAGAAGCUAGAGAAGGCGAGGGUAGCGUUUCACAAAGCUUGCCGUAAGGAACACAUGGCUCGUGAGCGGGAGGCCCAUGCCCAAGGCAACCCUGACAUUGCCAUCGAGAAACAGAGAAAGAUCCAAGAGGAGACAGAGCUGGCUCACCAGGAGACAGAGAAAGUGCGAGCCCGCUAUGAGAAGGUUCUGGAGGAAGUAACACGGUAUGCUCCUCGCUACAUGGAGGAAAUGGAGUCUAUCUUUGACCAAUCACAAGAAGAGGAAAGGAAGAGGAUAAGCUUCCUCAAACAGGCUUUCCUGUCCAUCCACAGACACUUGGAUGUCACCAACAAUGAAAGUGUGAAAUCUGUGUAUAACGAGCUCCAUAACACACUGAUGUCCAUCAGUGAGCAAGAGGAUUUGCGCUGGUGGAAGAACACACAUGGGCCUGGCAUGCCAACCGACUGGCCUCAGUUCCAAGAGUGGACUCCAGACAAGAAGCACAAAAAGGGAAAGCAGGAGGUGGAGAAGAAAGCAACAGUAAUGGAGAGAAGUGUGAUGAUUGGAGGAGUGAGGGUCAGAGCUCUCUAUGACUAUGUUGGACAGGAGACAGAUGAACUGUCCUUUAAAGUUGGUGAGGAGUUUCUGAAGAUCGAUGAUGAGGAUGAUCAGGGUUGGUGCAGAGGCAUGAUGGAUGGAGUGAAAGAGGGUCUUUAUCCUGCUAACUAUGUGGAGGUGGUGUAGAACCACACAUUUCUUGCAGUCCUGAUGUUAAUGCUUAUUAAGAGAAUAUUCAUUUGAGCCCCUACCUGUAAAUGUAUCCAGCUCUGAGGUCCUUAACUGCCCUGUACUGGUGCCCAGGAUUGUGCCUGUUCACAGCUAUUUCUAUAGGAGUUUGCUUUGUUUUCUCUGAACGGAUUGGCAGAGGUACGGGUUUAGAGUUGACUUACAGGAUUGAUUUGGGAGCAGAAAUAGAAAAUGCUUCCAGAAGUGCUUUAAUUACAAUAUUACUUGAGAACAUUACAAUAUUAUAUUUGAUUGUGUUAUAUUGUGACUUUAAAGGGAUAGCGCACCCAAAAACGAAACAUUCUGUCACCAUUUACUCACCCUAAUGUUGUUCCAAACAGUAUGAUUUUCUUUAUUCUAUGGAACCCAAAAGGAGAUAUCAGGCAGUAUGUUGGUCUCAGUCACCAUUCAUUUUUAUUGCAUUUUUUUCUCCAUACCGUGACAGUGAAUGGUGAAUGAGGCUAAAAUUCAGCCUAACUUCUUUUGUGUUCCACAAAAGAAAGAAAAUCAUACUAGUUUGUUACAACAUGAUUGGGUGUACUAUCCCUUAAAUUAAAACUAUCAAAACAUGUAGAUAUUCAUUCUUUUAUGAUAUGAAUAGGUAUGAAAAUCAUCUAAUAUAUUAGAGAAUAUGAAGAGAAUGAUCUUGAUCCAUGAACUUACACAGUGUCAAGUAUUUUAAGAACAAUGUCUCACACCAAAGAUUUUAGCACUGUUUAUAUUAUAUCAAUGACAUAUUUUUUAUGAUGUUACUCUAUAUCUGAUGCCUUAGUAAAAGGGGCCAGAUGGCUAAUGUUAUCAUCUACAGCUGCAAAUUUCAUGCAAAGUGUGUCUUAAAAUAAUCAUAUGCUAUAUGUUACCUGCAUUGGUUCUGUUGUUAACACCAGUCUCACAUUUACCUGUAGUUGUUAUAGUUACACUAAGGCAGUAUUAAUCACCACAACUUUAAGGUUAUCAGACCCCAGUGAGGUUUCUUCAUUUGUUUUUCUGUUGUGUAUAAGAUGUCAUGCUAACCAAAGAAAUUGUAUGUAUGCAAAUUAGUGUAUUAUUUGUUUGAGCCAGAGUAAAUCACAUUUGGAUCCUGGAA